CCCACCUACUUUUUAGCCCCACCCCACAUUGUUUUUGCAGCAAUAAAACACCAAAAAUUAUUAUAAUCAUGCUCUCUUUAUCCAGUACAAUUCCUUUAUCACCAGACCACAGCAUACCAAUACUAGGACUAGGAGUGUAUCUGGCGGAUGAUACAACAGGAGCUUCACUGAGCGCCAUUAGAACUGGGUACAGACUCCUGGACACUGCAACAGAUUACAGGAAUGAAGCUGAGGUUGGUAAGGCUGUGAAAGAGUGUGGCCUCUCACGUGAUCAGAUAUUCGUUACAACUAAACUCUGGGUCACUGAUCAUGGGCGUGAGAAAACGCUCAAGGCGUUUCAUAGCAGUUUGAAAAGGUUGGACUUAGAUUACGUUGAUCUUUAUCUCAUUCACUCACCGUCUGGUGGACAUAUACUGGAAACAUGGGACACAUUAAUUGAACUUCAGAAACAAGGACUAAUUAAGUCUAUUGGUGUUUCUAAUUUCAAUGUUCUUCAUUUGCAAAAACUUAUGGAAGCACGCCCACAUGCUAAACCAGCUGUUAAUCAAAUAGAAGUAACUCCGUUUCUUACCAGAGAUGAGGUAGUCUCUUACUGCCAGUCACAGAACAUCGUCGUUGAAGCUUAUUCUCCUUUGACGAAAGGAAGCCUACUAAAUGAUCCUGGGCUAGUCGCUAUUGCUAAGAAGUACAACAAGUCUCCAGCCCAGUGUCUCAUAAGGUGGUCACUACAAAGGGGGUUUGUCUGCAUACCCAAAAGCAGCAAUGAAAAAAGGAUCAAGGAAAAUGCUGAUAUUUUUGAUUUUGAGAUAUCGUCCGAAGACAUGGCUACCAUGAACAGCUGGAAUAGAAAUGCUUGGUUUGACUGGGAUGUAAUUGAUACUGCUGGCUGGUUGCCGUAACGAUUUAUGGCCGAAAUGGACAAUCUAGUUUUACUAUUACAAAACUUGUUAUAAAAAUAAUAAUAAUAAUAAUAAUAUUUAUUUUUUCAGUCUUCCUAAUAAAGCGUCUCUUACUAGU